AUGGAUUUCGAGAAAAAAGUAUCUGUGAACGGGAAUGGGGACGUCCCAAUGGCGCAUGAGUCUAAAGCUCAAGAUAAUGUAGCAGACUCGAGCCCCAACCCCAAUUCAUCAAUUCAAUCGGGUCCUUCAUCAUCCCACGAUGAUACAUCAUCAUUGACUGCUACUGCGAAGCCGCCGCCUUCGGCGUCAACUGUUGGAACUGAAGUACCCCCUUCAGCUCUUAAUAACAACGCUUCCGUAUCGCAGAAGCGAAACUCUCUUAGUACCGCUGUUACCGCAUCCGGCGACGCAGACCCAGACGCAGACGCAGCCUCUACCAACAGCCGGAAGAGGCGAAGGGGAGGACGUGGAGGAAGCAAGGCUAGUAGUGUCACAGGGAUAGGGGGCCGAAACCCAAAACAGGGGGGAAUAGGGAGGUUCUUUGGGUUCCUAUGCUGUCGUGCUGGUUCGUCAGGGGAGAAUGACCCGGGCUCACGCAAGGCCGAAAUAAGGCCCGGUUCAGUACCUUCUCGAAGAGCAACUCCGGUCGUCGGGAAAGACGCCAGAACGUCCGCAAAAGACAGCAGUAUCGGCGAAUCGAAGGAUGCCGUGAUAAACGAGAAAAUCGCGUCGGAAGCUGGAGAUAGUGAGGCUAAGCCGGAGAGCUCUGCGGUACCUCCCGUCGUACUAAAUGCGCCAGUUGUCGAGGAGAAGGACGGGGACAAGAUCAAGCCGACAGAUGGUGACGUGCUUGUUGGGCGGGAAAUCAUUGUGAAGGAUGAGUCUGCGGCUGAAACCAGCGGCGCGAGCGAUGAAAGAAGGCUGCCGUUGUUGGAUGCACCUACGGUCACCGUUGAGGCCCCCACCCCAACUGGACCUUCUAAUGAGAAAGAUGACAUUUCUACAUCAGAACCAGGCCCUGCUCUAUCCCCCGAAAAGGCACCAGAAGCGCCUAUCGUUCAAAAGGAGGAAGACGUUGUGAUGAAAGAUGCGGCAGCAGCAGAUAUUCCCCCGACCGAAGAAGUCCGAAAACCGAUUACCAUCGAGUUGCCGCCCCCACGUACGGAAUCGCCCCAACACGAGGAAGAGCCCGAGGAGGCGGACAAUGAAUCAGAGGAUGGAGGUGCGGUCCAGUUGGUACAGACACCUACCGCAGAUGAUAGGCAACAGUGGUUACUACCCCCUAUCGCACCCAGGUUCGAGGGAAAGAAGUGCUUGGUUCUGGAUUUGGAUGAGACCCUGGUUCAUAGUAGUUUCAAGGUAUUGCAUCAAGCCGAUUUUACCAUCCCGGUUGAAAUCGAAGGUAACUAUCAUAACGUCUAUGUUAUCAAGAGACCUGGUGUCGAUCAGUUCAUGAAGAGAGUCGGAGAGCUAUACGAAGUCGUUGUAUUCACAGCCUCCGUUUCGAAGUACGGUGAUCCUUUGCUCGACCAGCUUGACAUUCACCAUGUUGUCCAUCAUAGGCUUUUCAGAGAGAGUUGCUUUAACCACCAAGGCAAUUACGUUAAGGAUCUCUCUCAGCUUGGUCGUGAUCUCAAAGACACCAUUAUCAUCGAUAACUCGCCUACCAGUUAUAUCUUCCAUCCCCAACACGCCGUCCCGAUUAGCAGUUGGUUCUCAGAUGCUCACGAUAAUGAGCUUCUCGACCUGAUUCCAGUUCUCGAAGAUCUAUCUACACAGGAUGUGAACGAUGUCACUUUGGUUUUGGAUGUUUCACUUUAA